GCGGUUUAGCUUGGAAGACUGCUUCAAUAUUAUUAAGGUAUUUUCCUAUCUUGGGCAACAUUGGGUACAUCUUACUUCAGCGAACUGACACAGACUUGUGGUUCACAACGCCGUGGGAAGUUGCAUGGGAAGAAGACAGUAGAUAUGAGGCUGCUCCUAACAUCAUUGUUGAUUACCAGCCUUCUGUCAGUGUUUGUCUUGUUUAAAUAUGCUCAAAAAUCUGUACACGAUCUGGAGUUAGCGCAAAGCCUGUCUAUGAUGACGUCAGCUCUUGGAUUUACACAAGAUAUCGAUGCACAUCACCAAACGCAGAUCCAACACAUAAGCCGGACCAAAGGGCGAAACUUAGAUAGAAGCAAUUCUGAAUCUCAAACGGGAUUCCAGAGAGUUGGAGACACUCUCAACACGUAUGUGUAUUCGGCAAUAUACGACGACAUUGAAGUCCCUAUAAUCAGGGUAAUAGCAUUGGUUAGACAUAUCCAGGAUGCGAGGAAACUGCCAUCAUUUGUAUGCACGUACUUCAAUGGUUCUGGACAAGCUUCUCCGGUCACGUACAGGGGAAUAUUGCAGUAUAUGCAAAAGCCUAAUUUGGGAUACAGGUACCAUUCUGGAUUUAUUAAGUGUGGGUUUCCCAAAGACGGAUGGCCAACAGCAGUAAGGAUUAGUGGAAUCAUUACUACAAAGGCUUGCAACAUGCUGAGAGUUAUCUAUCCUUUGAAGAAGAAAAGACAGCUUACAAGAUGUUUCUCAGCACUUCAUUCAAAUUUCAGCAACACAUUACAGCUUAUACAGACACUUGAAAUCAGCCUCAUGUUCGGUGUUGAACAUUUCAUUGUUUACAAUUACAGUAUACACGAAUCUGCUAUGAAUGUUUUAAAACAUUAUCGUAAUUUGGGAGUUUUAGAAAUCUUGCCAUGGGAUGUACCUUUAAACCGAUCUGAGAUUUAUUACUUUGCACAACUUGCUGUCAUUCAAGAGUGUAUGUACAGAAACUUGCACGUCUCCGAAUUUAUACUGACUGGAGACACGGAUGAAGUCUACAUACCAAAGGUGUAUGCCAAUACUUUAGACAUGAUCGUUGACAACUUGAAAGGUCGACCAUCGUGUUCUUGUCUGCUUGUCCGAAAUACCUUUUUCCCUGUGAACCUUCAACCUCAUACGGGGAAUUUCACUCUGAAGCAAGAAGCAAGAAGACUCAAUCUCACCUACCUGUUGUACACAAGUCAUUUAAUAAUCAACAAUCCUGGCAAAAGAUCAAAAGUGAUCAUCAAACCAACAGGUGUUGAGAUCGUCGGAACACACACUGUUAAAAAAUUUCGGAAAGGACACAAUGGUUGCAUAUGUCAGUAUUCUCGGUGCCUUCUGCACCACUACCGUAUUGUACCACCAAAGGAGUGGGGUUCCGUCCGAGCAACAGACGACACGUUGCUGAAGUAUUCUGAAAAAAUUGUUCAACGUGUGAUCGAGAGAAUAACCCAGUUAAACCUGGAUAAACAGACCGGGACGUUUAAAGUUUGAAACCAUAAUGUUAUGAUAUUGAUAUGCUCCGAAUCUAACAAAGAAUAUCAUUGUCAUAUUUUAUUCAACUUCCAUGUCUUCUGAGAGUGUCGUCACACAUUCGACAAAAUGCUGGAAUCGAUGUACCGUUGUACAAAGCGAUCUUAGCGCUAAGGUGAUCGUAACUUCCAUACCUUAACAUAGACUUAACACAGUCGUAGCGUUUGUGCAACGGCGCUCAGUGCCUUCAGUGUGAGGAGCUAACACUUGACCAACAAGGCUCCCCCAUCACCCAUGUCAAAUUCUUUGAUAACAAAACCGAUCACGUCUUCAAGUUCAUAACAUAUUUCGGUGGAUAUAAAAAAUAUGUUGCGUGUUUGUGUUUCAGCAAAACUCGUGUAAUAAAACUGACUGCUUCAGCAAAUGAAAGAUAGCUUGAGAUGUAUUUGCAAAUACAAUGUUACAGUUGGUAGUUCUUAAAAGACUGGGGGGAAAUUGGAAAGCAUGAAAGCGUAGGAGUAAAAAAUUGGCUCCUCGUGCCACUUUGGUGAAACCCACAAACUAGAAUAUGGUGCGACAAACCAAGAAAUAUAAUCAGGACUAAUCAGGAUUCGAACCAACACGCCUUAGGGAGGCAACGUUGCGCAGGGAAUUUGAUGGUAUUAGGGAUUCAGGGGUAAGGAAUGAGAUACAUUUCAUGGUAUUCGGGAUUAAGGGUUGAGGAAUGAGAGAUAUUUGAUUGUAUUAGGGAUUCAGGGGUAAGGAAUGAGAAACAUUUGAUGGUAUUAGGGAUUCAGGGGUGAGCAAUGAGGGACACUUGAUGGUAUUCGGGAUUCAGGGGUGAGCAAUGAGGGACACUUGAUGGUAUUCGGGAUUCAGGGGUGAGCAAUGAGGGACACUUGAUGGUAUUCGGGAUUAAGGGUUGAGCAAUGAGGGACACUUGAUGGUAUUAGGGAUUCAGGGGUGAGCAAUGAGGGACACUUGAUGGUAUUCGGGAUUCAGGGGUGAGCAAUGAGGGACACUUGAUGGUAUUAGGGAUUCAGGGGUUAGCAAUGAGGGACACUUGAUGGUAUUCGGGAUUCAGGGGUGAGCAAUGAGGGACACUUGAUGGUAUUCGGGAUUCAGGGGUGAGCAAUGAGGGACACUUGAUGGUAUUCGGGAUUCAGGGGUGAGCAAUGAGGGACACUUGAUGGUAUUCGGGAUUCAGGGGUGAGCAAUGAGGGACACUUGAUGGUAUUCGGGAUUCAGGGGUGAGCAAUGAGGGACACUUGAUGGUAUUCGGGAUUAAGGGUUGAGUAAUGAGGGACACUUGAUGGUAUUAGGGAUUCAGGGGUGAGCAAUGAGGGACACUUGAUGGUAUUAGGGAUUCAGGGGUGAGCAAUGAGGGACACUUGAUGGUAUUAGGGAUUCAGGGGUGAGCAAUGAGGGACACUUGAUGGUAUUAGGGAUUCAGGGGUGAGCAAUGAGGGACACUUGAUGGUAUUCGGGAUUCAGGGGUGAGCAAUGAGGGACACUUGAUGGUAUUCGGGAUUAUUUUAAGGAACACCGGGAUUUGUGUUCCUCAUAAUAAAGAAGUUGACAUCCAUAAAUUGUCUUCCUUAUGUUACAACUGGUCUGCAAUGUGGCCAUCGUCCCGAGGCAAGGGAGGUUACUUGCUGUAAAAACCCAGAUUCCACCCUAUUCGUGACCAACUCGUGUUAUUCCGGGACAAGCCGAAUAGCGACUCAUGCCCCCCUCGUGGCCAUUUAUGCGACCGGGUUCCAUCUUAGCGCAAACGGGCAUACCU